CAACUUCUUCUUUCUGAUCCUCUCAUCUGGAUAAAUGAGGAUGGCAAAAAAAAGGGAUGUUUACCAGUUCUGAUUGUGAGUGUGCUUUCUUGACCAUUGGAGGGUUUCAGGUGUUCUGCUGCCUCCUUGUUUGCUACAAAUAUGGAUAAAAUUCUUCCAACCAUAGAAGAUUACUGGGACUAUGACUAUGACAAUUACACCUGGUCCCCUGACUCGGGCAAGUCGCAGGCCGCCCCAUGCUUACAGGAGGACAGCUACAGUUUUGCACAGAGGUACUCCCCUGUUGUAUACAUUCUGGUGUUCCUCCUGGCUUUGGUGGGCAACGUGCUUGUACUGUGUGUGAUCCAACGCUACCGAAACUCCCAGAGUGGUGGAGCCUGCGCCUUCUCCCUGACAGACACCUUCCUUCUUCACCUGGCCAUUUCUGACCUCCUGCUGGCCUUCACCCUGCCCCUGUUUGCAGUGCAGUGGGCUCACCAGUGGGUGUUCGGCUUGGCUGUCUGCAAGAUCUCCGGUGCCCUCUUCUCCUUGAACCGCUACAGCGGCAUCCUUUUCCUGGCCUGCAUCAGCUUUGACCGCUACCUGGCCAUCGUCCAUGCUGUCAGCUCUGGAUGGAAGCGCAACACCUGCCAUGCCCAGAUCGUGUGUGCCCUCAUCUGGGUGUGCUGCCUGGGCCUGAGUGGAGUGGACAUUGCCUUCAAACAGGUAGUGGAGAUGAACACUGUGGGCACUCAGAAGUCGCUCCUGUGCCAGGUGUGGUUCACUGAGAACUCCACCCAGUGGCAGGUGGGCCUGCAGCUGGUCAGUGUACUUCUGGGUUUUGGGCUCCCCUUGUUGAUCAUGCUAUACUGCUACAUCCGCAUCUUCAGGUCUCUCUGCAACGCCACUCGUCGCCAAAGGCGCAAGUCUCUCCGCCUCAUUAUCUCCUUAGUGUUUGUGUUUGUCGUAUGCUGGGCGCCGUACAACGGCUUCCAGCUGGCAGAUAGUCUGCACAAGCUGGGCGUGGUGCCUGGAGGUUGCCAUUUUGGCCAUGUAGUGGACAUUGGGACUCUGAUCACGGAAAGCUUGGGGCUGUCGCACUGCGCCCUGAACCCGUUACUGUAUGGCUUCGUGGGAGUAAAGUUCAGGAGGGAGCUGGCCAGAAUGAUCAAGGGGCUGCUGGGACAGAGAGGCAUGCAGAGGAUGGAGGGAUGGAGGGAGAGGAAGCUCAGGAGAACCAACAAAUCCUUCAGCUCUGCAGAAAGCGAAAACACCUCCUACUCUUUCAUGGGGUGAAACAAGAGACAGGAGGAGCGAGGUGUGUGUGUGUGUGUGUGUGAGAGAAAAAAAAUAGAAACUUGAGUGA